AUGCAGGGCCGUGAGUGCCCCCGGGGCGACAACUGCCCCUACACGCACUCGGUAGCAGAGUACUGGCUGCACCCCUCGCGCUUCCGCACCCAGUUCUGCAAGCAGGGCCAGGGCUGCUGCCGCCGCCUGUGCUUCUUCGCCCACAGCGCGGCGGAGCUGCGGAGCCCAGCCGCCGGCGCGGCGCCUGCGGCCAACUCUCCAGGGUCGGCGUCGGCCGGCUCCGCCGCCUCGUCCUCGCCCGACGGCUGCGCGCCCGCGGCGCCCCCCGCGGCGCUCCUGGAGCCGCGCCAGCCGGCCCUCGCGGCCGCGCCGCCGGCCGGCGAGCCCGGCUUGACGCUCGCGCCCUGCUCAGGCGCGGGCGCGCGGGUGCAGGUGCUGCAGCAGGCUGACGCUGCCGGGGACGUGUGGCAGCAGCUGCUGCCUGCCGGCGACCCCGGCGGCCUGCUGUGCGUGCUGCCCACGCAAGACCAGCAGCAGCAGCAGCAGCGGCAGCAACUCUCGGCCGCGAACCUGUGUGCCCAGCAGCAGCAGCAGCAGCAGCAGAUGCAGCAGAUUCAGCAGCAGCAGCUCUGCCCGGCCGCGCCGUCCGACCCGCUGCUGGCGCUGCAGGCCAAUGCGUUCGCCCGCCAGGCGCGCGAGCGGCGCUGCUCCUUUGAGGAGCGCAGUGCCCUGCGGCUGCGCGCGUACCUGGAGCAGCAGCAGUGCCUCACGCUGCCGCCCGACGCCCCGGCCGCCUCCGCCGCCGCAGCCGUUGCCGCGCUCGCCGCGCAGCAGGGCGCGGCGCAGCACCAGCAGCAGCAGCAGCAGGGCCAGCAGGGUGGCUGGGUGCAGUACACGCAGCCGCCGCCGCUCGCGCUGGCGUCCGCGCGGCGGUCGUCCGCCGCGAGCUACGCCUCUUAUGGCGGCGCGUCGAUGUUCCUAUACGACCUGCCGGACUCGCCGACCGCGCAGGCGCAGGCGCAGCUGCUGAGCCACUUCGCGAUGCCGCAGCCGCACUCGCGCCGCGCGUCGGCUGCCAGCUACAUGGGCGGCGGCCAGCCGCUGCCAGACCUGCCAGAGGCGCUCAUGCUGACCGGCGACUGCCCCGCGGGCGCGGGCGCGGCGGCGGCGCAGCAGCACCAAAUGCUGCUGCCGCCGCUCUCUGGCCGCGCGGCGCGGCGCGCGUCGGCGGCGUCAUACACAAGCUGCGGCACCGCGCUCCCGAUGUCGCUGGACCUUGCUGCCGCGGGCGCCCGCGGCGCGCGGCGCUCCUCUGUUGCCAGCUACGCCAGCUCCGGCUUCAGCGGCGCAACCACCGUGCUGAUCUUUGGGGGGGCGCCCGUCAUAACGGAGGGCGUGCCGUCGCCGCCUGAGGCGGACAUCUUGUUCGCGACCCCGGCCGGCUGCGGCGCGUUCGGCGGGCAGCCCGGCGCCACAUACACGCUCGCGCCCGCGCCGCAGCUGCCGCUGCAGCAGCAGCAGCCCCCGCCGGCGCAGCAGCAGCAGCAGCAGCAGCAGCAGCAGCAGCAGCAGCAACAGCAGCUGUUCCUCAGCGCGCAGCAGCUGGCGCCCGGUCAGAUGCUCGUUUUGGAGCCGGCGCCCGUGAUGGGGGGCACGGCCCCCUGCACUUCAUACCAGCCGGCCGGCCCCACUUACACGGCCGCGCCCGGCGGCCAUUUCGUCCAGCUGGGGCUUUGA